AUGCCAUUGAUAUCCAAACCAAAUAUACCCACCUCAUCAGUCGUAUCAUCUCACAUAAUCAUAACUUACCAGCCUUCACCUUCCAGUCUAAACAAUAAUUCUUCCACGGUUAAUAAAAAUAAAGAGAAUCCAACACCAAAAGAAUUUAGCGUACCCAACGAGGAAAAUACAUCUAAAUCGUCUUCCAAACGAACUGUAGCUGAAGCAAUAUUACCUCCCAUUGAGACAUCAGCUAGUGACGAUGUAUUUUCAAAGUCAACUCAGAAACAAAAAACAAUAAAAAUGAAAAUACCAACAAUACCUUUAGAAACGAUAACGCAACCAAUUAAAAAAUUGUUCAAUUCCAAAAAGCAAAUACUAACUUUUGACGAAAUAGUUGAUUUAUUUGAAAAGACUCAUGCAAGAAAAGAUGUUUAUCAGCGUUAUAAAUAA